UUGUGAAAGCUGAUGUUUGAGACUUUGAGUUCGUCGAAACAUAAACGAACCGCGUGCAUAAGGUUAAAGACCGUUUAAUUUCAUAAUUAACAAAUAUAUAGAUUUUUAUCAGGGUACAUUAUCCAUGUGCUCUGAUUCCUAAGGAAUACGUUAUUAUCGAUCAUCGCAUUCGCCGAUUAUCCGAAGAGGUGCUUACAGCUUACAAAAUCGAACACUCGUUUUGACUGGCUUUCUGUGGGCUUUCUCCUUACUUGUUAAACUUUGACUGGGUUUUGGAUUUAAGGAAACAUUUGCGAAAGCAUUCUUUGGCUUGAACACAAUAAUCAUGACGACACCGAGCGAUACCCAGGACGGCAAGCAGUCCCGUCGGGAAGAGGCCCACGACGGCGCGACGAGCGGAGCGCCCUCUGUCGCCGCGGCCACCGCCACGAACGGCAGCAGCGGCGGCAGUGGUGCCGUCAAGGAAAAGGAGCCGAGCAAAGCCCCACCCGAAUGGGCUAAGGAGCGCGAAGAUGCCGUCAAUAACAGCUCCAUUACCAAUAGCGAAGACAGUAAACUGCUUAGGGCCCGAAUCUUUGUUGGCAAUCUGCCGGCUGAUCUGCGUACGGAGCGGGGCGAGCUUUUUGACAAAUUUCGCAAAUAUGGACGCAUUCUCGGUGUUUCGAUCCACAAUCGAUUCGCAUUUGUUCAGUACGAACGGGAAGACGACGCCAAAAACGCGGUUAAAGAAGAGCAUCGGACCGAACUUCGGUCCGCGCGACUUGAUGUGAAAAUGUCGAUGGAGGGACGCGUAAAUAACCGCGACCGGGAUAGAGAUCGAGACCGUGAACGUGACCGGGAUCGCGAUCGUGACCGCCGCCGUAGCCGAAGCCGGUCGCCCAUCGAUCGCCGGAGAAGUCGCAGCCGCAGUCCUCCACGUAGGAGCCGCGAUCGCGAUUAUCGUCGCUACUCUGCUGAUCGCUACCGUGAGUCCAGAGAACGUACUCCGCCUCCCUACGUACCGAUUCCCGUGGAGGAACGAUUCUGUCAUCCUCGCACGUAUGGACCGAAUGACGUGGAAAUGGUUAUUAUUCGCAAACAGCAAGGGCAAUACGCUGAUUCGAUUUUGCGUCGACUGUACGAUCGACGUAUUGCCGCCAAUAUGUUGUUCCUUGCGGAACAUGCUUCUCUGGAAGGUGCGGUGACCGAAUUUGGCCGGACAGGAUCACAUUACGUGAUCAUCAUCAUGCCCAAGCACGAAGACACCCGAGCAAUCACGGUCAAUAUCUUCGAGACAAACGAAAAGCCGCGAGAAUAUCGCAACAUCAAUGUGGAAGAAGGUGUCAGUCUGAUCCAUCGCCAUUUCCGUGAUCAUUAUCCAGCGCUGGCUCGUCUCCGUGAGAUGGAAUACCAAGGAGCCGGCUUUUAUCCGACAGGUCCCAGUGAGGUGAUGCGCUGUUUGGCCCGUAUGGUCGAAACGUGCGCAGUGCCCACGAGCAGUCUGGAUCAGACCAUUCGAUACUUGCAAGAUAUGCGUGAUCGUACGGCGAUCGCUGAGGGCAUUCCGGUUAACACUGCAGCGGCUGCACCGCCGAGCGCCGCGCUCGUGGUGCCACAGUCGGCCGCGGCGGCAGCCGCCUAUCGUGCUCCAGCUGUUGACAACGGCAUAGGCAAACUCUUGGGGCAGCUCGACGGCCGUGGUGGUGCACCGGCCGAGGAAAGUGUCCGGGAGUCGCUGCUGGGUUUGCUGAAAGCCACGGGUCUGGUGGGGAAUCUAGGAGGACAAGUACAAGCCCAGCCGCCACAGCAUGCAGGGUACGCUCCGGCAACAGCAGCCACCACGGAGUACUAUAAUCAGCCGGCGGGGUAUGCCGCCUCCAGCACGUCGUCAAGCGCACCGUAUUCUGCUAAUCCACAAUCAGGCGGGCCAGGCACGACUUACGGACAGGCAAGCGGCGGGCAGUAUAGUUCCAGUACACCUGCGGCGCCGUUUUCGUCAGGUGCAGCUGCAUCGCAGUACGGUGGCGGCGGCCAAGGGGAUCGUACAGCCGAUGGAGCCAUGCAUAAGAUGUACGACAACCUGGUCAGUACAGGAACGCUGCGUGCCGGGUCGGCGAUGAGCGCGCAUACGGCGUCGAACCCCGUGUCCACCACACAGGGACAGGGCAAUCGGUUGGAUCGGGGUGAUGAGCGGGAACGUCAGCCGCCGCAGCAGCAGCAGCAGCCGACCACGUACCGCACGACGAAAGACACGGAAAACGGGAUGGAUUACGGCGGGAUGCAUGGCGGUGGAAUGCGGUAUGAACCGAUGUCGCAGCAGCCGACAACCGGGCAGUAUGCGCCGCAGACCGGGCGAAAUGGACCUGCAGGCGGCGGGCAGGAUCGUGGGGGUCCAGCAGCAGGUGGAGGGGCCAGUGCGGCCGGACAGGCAGGGGGAUACGCCACAGGAGCUGGGGCGUAUAUGCAACGGCAGCAGCAGCCUGUUGGACAGCCGGCCAUGGCGCCACAAGGACAGUACGCUACCGGACGUCGUUAGGAUCUGGAUCUUGGUAUUUGUUAUUAUGCAAUUAGGACCGUUAUAUUCGGAUCUAGGUAUUUAUUUAUUUGGGCGAUUUAUUUACGGGAACAGCGCGGCUGUAGGCUGAAAGCUUGUGGGUAUCGUUAUGGAUUUUGGUGCGAACCAUCAUCAUUUCCUCCUUAUCCAUCAUUUUCUCCUUAUUCCUUGAUAAUGGAUACCUCGACAUGAAAGAAAGGACUUCCCUUCGUUUUCUGUCUGAGAUUCUCUUUUUUCAGUGGCCGUAUUUCCCUGCACUUUGGCUUGGUAAUCAUUGCGUAUCAUAUCAGGUUUAUUAGUUGGUUUUGAGUAUCUGGUGUGUUUUUUCUGAGUACUUUAGUUCUGAAAUUGUUCAUCUUUAGUAUCGUUUCAAACUGUGUGAGGUAUGUUGUUGUUAUGGCUUCGCUGGUGCGUGAGGUUGUAAAUAUCCAAACGUUUAGUUGCGAAGUUAUUCUGAAUUCUGAAGAACAGUUGUUACUUGUUG